AUGUCUAAUCACUCCCCCACUAGAUCAUUCCACUUCCCGCGAACUCGAGGUCAGCGCUUAUUAUUUACCUCAGCUAGGCAAAUACUCCUCAAAUCUUACUCUAAUCUCUCUUUCCCUCUCGAAGUCAAUAGUUUCAGGUCGCGUCUAUUAGCUCCCGACUCCCGGUUCCCGACUCCCGACUCUAAACCCGAGUACCAGGUUCCCAUAGACACCAAGUGGGCCACAAUUAAGGUGGCGGACUUGAUUUUCGCCUCCUGGUCGAUCUCGUUAGAUAGGGCCAAAAAUGGAAACACCAUAUAUCCUGUGCAGCUGAUGGGAUAUAUAGUGUCUGUACUGGUAGGAAGUCCAUAG